ACAGAAAGCUCAAGUUUUGUGAAAAAAAAAAAAAAAUGGAGAUUGGAAAGAAAGUCUCCCACACGGCUCAUUGUUUGGUCUUAUCCUACCCAGCACAAGGCCAUUUGAACCCAAUGCUCCAAUUUUCUAAGCGCUUAGAUCACAAAGGAGUCAAAGUCACACUAGUCACUACUCUUUCCAUGUUCAAAACAAUCCAUAGAGCUUCAUCCAGCUCCAUUGCACUGGAGACAAUCUCUGAUGGCUAUGACGAAGGCGGCAUGGCAAAUGCAGAAAGCAUUCAAGCCUACUUGGAUCGUUUCUGGCAGGUUGGGCCACAAACUCUUAUUGAGCUUGUUGAGAAGAUGAAUGUCUCAGGCUGUCCUGUUGAUUGCAUUGUGUAUGAUUCAUUUUUGCCUUGGGCUCUUGAUGUUGCAAGGAAGUUUGGGAUGCUUGGAGUUGUGUUUCUCACUCAAUCUUGUGCAGUUGAUAGCAUAUGUUACCAUGCUCAAAAGGGUUUGCUCAAACUGCCACUUACAGGCAAUGAAGUUUCACUGCCUGGAUUGCCACCAUUUCAGCCCCAAGAUAUGCCUUCUUUCAUUUAUGAUUUGGAGUCCUAUCCUGCUUUCUUUGAUAUGGUAGUCACUGGUCAAUUUGCUACUAUAGACAAAGCUGAUUUCGUUCUUUGCAACACUUUUUAUGAGUUGGAGAAAGAGGUUGUGGACUGGCUUGCCAAGCUUUGGCCAUUAAAGACAAUUGGACCAACCUUACCAUCCAUGUACUUGGAUAAGCAACUUGAAGAUGAUAAAGUCUAUGGCUUUAGCAUCUUUGAGCCAAAUAGUGAAGCUUGUAUGAAAUGGUUAAAUGAUCGGGAAGAAGGGUCAGUUGUUUAUGUGUCUUUCGGCAGUUUGGCUGCAUUAGAAGCUGAGCAAAUGGAAGAACUUGCUUGGGCUCUAAAACAAAGUGGCAAAUAUUUCCUGUGGGUAGUUAGAGCAUCCGAAGAGGCUAAAAUACCAAAAAACUUCCCGGAGAAGACGUCAGAAAAGGGCUUGAUGAUCAAUUGGUGUCCCCAAUUAGAGGUAUUAGCACAUGAAGCAAUGGGAUGUUUUGUUACACAUUGUGGAUGGAACUCAACUUUGGAGGCAUUAAGUUUGGGAGUUCCAAUGGUGGCAAUGCCACAAUGGACAGACCAAAGCACUAAUGCUAAGUACAUAAUGGAUAUGUGCAGAAUGGGACUCAAAGCUCCGGCUGAUGAGAAAGGAAUUGUCAGAAAAGAAGCAAUAGAGCAUUGCAUUAAGGAAAUUUUGGAGGGUGAGAGAGGGAAGGAGAUUAAAGAGAACGCAGGUAAGUGGAAGAAAUUGGCCAAAGAGGCCAUGGCUAAAGGUGGAAGUUCUGAUAAAAAUAUUGAGGAAUUUGUAGCUAACUUAAUUAGCUUUAAAUGAUGAUUAUGAUUUAUGAUCUCGGUUGGUAGUAUCUUAUCAUAUGUACAAUUUUUAGUACUCGAAACGAC